AUGGAAGAGUUAAUAGUUGAACUCCGUCUCUUUCUGGAACUCCUGGACCACGAGUACCUGACAUCCACCGUCAGGGAGAAGAAGGCCGUGAUCACCAACAUCCUGCUGAGGAUCCAGUCCUCCAAAGGUUUUGAAGGGAAAGAUCAUGCUCAGAAGCAAGAGCCCACCUCCAGCCUGCCGGCCCCUCCGCAGCUGCCUCUGCCGGAGAUCCCUCAGCCCUGGCUGCCUCCCGACAAUGGGCCGCCACCGCUACCCACCUCCUCUCUCCCUGAAGACUAUUAUGAGGAAGCUGUGCCACUGAGUCCUGGGAAGGCUCCAGAAUACAUCACGUCAAAUUAUGACUCGGAUGCGAUGAGCAGCUCUUACGAGUCCUAUGACGAGGAGGAGGAAGAUGGAAAGGGGAAGAAGACGCGGCACCAGUGGCCCUCCGAGGAGGCCUCCAUGGACCUCGUGAAGGAUGCCAAAAUCUGUGCCUUCUUGCUGCGGAAAAAGCGCUUCGGGCAGUGGACCAAGCUGCUGUGCGUCAUCAAAGACACCAAGCUGCUGUGCUACAGAAGUUCCAAGGACCAGCAGCCGCAGAUGGAACUACCCCUCCAGGGCUGUAGCGCCACCUACAUCCCGAAGGACAGCAAGAAGAAGAAGCACGAGCUGAAGAUCACCCAGCAGGGGACAGACCCCCUGGUCCUGGCCGUCCAGAGCAAGGAGCAGGCCGAUCAGUGGCUGAAGGUGAUUAAGGAAGUUUACAGCGGCUGCAGUGGGCCUGUGGACUCAGAAUGCCCUCCUCCGUCAAGUUCCCCUGUGCACAAGGCAGAGCUUGAAAAGAAGCUGUCUUCAGAGAGGCCGAGCUCCGAGGGGGAGGGCAUGGCAGAAAAUGGAAUCGCCGUGUGCAACGGAAAGGAGCCAGUUAAGAGGAAAAAGAACUCCAAAGCAGAGGCCAAGGGCUCUGUUUCUAAAGUCACUGGGAAGAAAAUCACCAAGAUCAUCGGUCUGGGGAAGAAGAAGCCGUCCACUGACGAGCAGACCUCGUCGGCCGAGGAGGACGUCCCCACCUGCGGCUACCUGAACGUGCUGUCAAACAGCCGCUGGCGGGAGCGCUGGUGCCGAGUGAGAGACAAUAAGCUCAUCCUGCACAAGGACCGGACAGACCUGAAGACCCAUAUUGCCUCCAUCCCUCUCCGCGGCUGUGAGGUCAUCCCAGGGCUGGAUCCCAAGCACCCCCUCACCUUCCGGCUGCUUCGCAAUGGGCAAGAGGUGGCUGUAUUAGAGGCCUCAUCCUCUGAAGACAUGGGUAGGUGGGUGGGGAUCCUGCUGGCUGAGACGGGCUCGUCCACGCAGCCCGAGGCCCUGCACUAUGAUUACAUAGAUGUGGAGACAUCAGCCAACGUCAUCCAGACGGCCAAGCAGACCUUCUGUUUCUUGAGCAGGCGUGGGGUCUCCGCCAACCCCUAUCUCGGAAGCACCUCCAACGGCUACGCGAACCCCAGCGGCUUGGCUCUCCACUACGACUACGUUCCGUGCAUCAAUGGUUCGCGGGACCCCGAAGACGGCCUUCCUGCUUCCCGUAGCAGAAGCUUGGGAGAAGAGGUGCUUUAUGAUAACGCAGGCCUGUACGAUAACUUACCGUCUCCGAAAAUCUUUGCACGCUACUCAGCUGCGGAGAGAAAGACUUCUAGGGCGUCUCCUGACAAACUGUCUUCUAACCAUUACAAACAUCCUGCUUCGCCCCGCCUGUCCUCACCCCAGUCUCUCACUAAUACCUCUUCUGUGGGGAGGGCGUCUCUCGGGCUCAACUCCCAGGUCAAGGGCAAAAAGCCCGCAGUAGCAUCUAGCGGGGUCCCAGGGAAAGGCAAGACCCUGAGCAGUCAGCAGAAAAAGGCUGACUUCACAGGCGGCGUGAAGAGAGCGCCUUCGAAUUCUGACCAGUACAAAUACGGCAAGAACCGAGUGGAGGCGGAUGCCAAGCUGUUACAGUCGAAAGAGGAGGAGCUGCUGAAGCGGAAGGAGACCCUCCGGAACAGGCUGGCCCAGCUCCGCAAGGAAAGGAAAGACCUGCGAGCCGCCAUCGAAGUGAACGCAGGCAGGAAGACGCAGGUGAUCCUGGAGGACAAGCUGAAGAAGCUGGAGGAGGACUGCAAGCAGAAGGAGGCCGAGCGCGUCAACCUGGAGCUGGAGCUGACCGAGGUCAAGGAGAGCUUGAAGAAGGCCCUGGCAGGUGGCAUCACCCUCGGGCUGGCCAUCGAGCCCAAGUCAGGGACCUCCAGCCCCCAGGUACGCUUCCUGCCCGCUCACCUGCCCGGGCCGCCGUGGCCUCAGGCAGUGUUCCGUGUACCGAGAGAACAGGCCGACUUACCUUCUCGGGUGGCCUGGUCACCGUCCCUUCCGUGA